GGUAUCUUCGUUUUUCCUUUGUGGAUAGAGUAGAAGAUAUAGUAACUGAGCCAAGAAAAAGCCUUUGGUCACUAAAGCCAUGGCUACUGUCAUUGCUUUCUCUUUUUCCAGCUUCAAUUCUCCUCGUCCUCCCUCUACUCACGCGCCGCCGGCUUUCAACCCACCUCAACUCCGGUUCAAAGGCAUCAAAUUCCGAAGCCAAUUCCAAAACAAUCCAUCCUUUUCACGUUUUUCAUUGGCGUCUAAGCUCAAUAAUCAUGGCAUAUUGAGGCUCACGAUUGUAAGGGCCGCUGCGGAUGAAGCAGGGAACGCCACCUCCGAAGCAGAAGCGUCGCCGGCGGCGGCGGCGACCGUCUCCGAUCAGACAGUAUCCGUCGCGGUCUCCCCCUCCGACGGCUUGACAAUGUAUUUUCAGGCAGAAGGAACAAUGACCGACUCUGCUAUUCCUGCUGUUACUAAGGCUUUGGAGGGAAUGGAAGGCAUUUCGGAUCUCAAGGUUCAAGUUGUCGAGGGACUUGCAAGUGUUGAGUUAACAAAGCAAACAACUGUACAAGCUACUGGGGUGGCUUCAAACUUGGUUGAGACAAUGCAAGGCUCUGGCUUCAAGUUGCAUACGUUGAAUUUGAGCUUCCAAGAUGAAGAAGAUAUCCCCUAAAUUUGUAUUCCCUUUACUGUUUGUGAUGAACUUGUCAAUUAAUUGUUCUCGUCCGAAUUUUGAGAAUUUGUUUUGAGAAUUUGUUUUAGGUCCGAUCGCUUGUAGUUCACAAACAAUCACUAUUUGAUUCAUGUAAAAUUGUUUAUUACACCUUAUGAAUUGACUCAAAUGAGUACGUGAUUUUUUUUCUUCAUUGCAA